UUCAACAGGGCCUGGCAAACCAGUGAUUUUCUAAACGCAUCAGUUUUCUAACACAUUAACUGCAGCGAAUUUUCUGCUGCCCUUAGAAAUCUGGUCAUUUGUUAAUAACAGUUUUUUCAUGAUGUCACAGACGCGAUGGCUGAUAUUACCGUUCAUAGCUUGUACUUUGUUUGCGAAAGUCAGCACCGCCUGGAACUGUAAUUUCGAGGGCAGCGGUACAUGGAGUGCGGAGAUCUGCGACGGACUGCAAGAUAUUCGCAGCAACGAUGUGGACUGGCAGCGCCAUAAAGGACCCACGUCGAGCUCAUUCACCGGUCCAAACGUCGACCACACAACUGGCACUGCCGAUGGUUAUUAUUUGUAUGUGGACGGAAGUGACGGAAAAAAGGGCAACAAGGCAAAAUUCCUGUGGAGUGUGCCCACCAUCGAUAAUCAGCCGCAGUGUUUCACGAUGUGGUACCACAUGUUAGGAGCAACACCCGGUAUCCUGCGCGUAUGGUUGCUCAAAGCCCAGCAGACCUGGAAACUUAUCGAAGUGUCGAAUCACACGAGCGCUGACUGGUCAAUGGCCAGUGUCUCAUUUACCGUUAGCCCUGCUAUCUUUGAUGAUCCUGAUGGAAGCCUUAUGCUCGUGAUUGAGGCAACGCUUGGUGCAGGUUGGCAGUCGGAUAUAGCGGUGGACGAUUUAGUCCUGGAACCAUGCCGCGGCUCAGUGGAGUCCCCGUUAAGUCUUUCGCUCAGCACAUCCGUGUAUAACUAUGGACAAAUCAGCAGUUUCGUUACCAUCACCCGUACGACACCGUUCCACUGUGACUUUGAAUUCCAUCACAACGACGAGCGGGGAUGGUGCGGCUUCGAAGCCGACAACACCCACGACGAGUGGCAACGGGAUCGCGGUGACGCCGGAAUACCUGGAGUGGGUCCGGAGUAUGAUAAUACUUUUGAGGACGACGUCAACGUGAUUGGUGCCGAACAGGGAUAUUAUUUAUGGAGUGGUUGGAUGCGCGGCGAUGGGGUCGCCAACGUCGCCGGAUUGAUGUCACCCAGCUUCACCCUGGAUAGUCCGCUUGUCGGGAAUGAAAGACUGUGUGUUUCUUUUGCGUACUUUCUCAAAGGAUCCAACAUUGGCAACUUAACGGUGCUGUACGGUGACGGUGCAAAUAUUAGCACCCUGUUUACGGUGGAUGGAAGUCAUGACGUGGAACCAAGAUACUGGCGGGUUGCAGACACACGGAUAGCACUCAAAAGCACCAGUUUCAUGAUGAUUUUCCAAAAUUAUCACGGAAAGGGGCUCCUUCAGUCAAUGGAGAUCGCAAUUGACGAUAUUAAGGUCUAUGUGUGCGAUAACCAAACACCGUUUCCCCAGCCGGAAGCGAAGCCGUCAGCCGAUGAAUGCCCCAACGCUCUCUACUGCGCUGCGAAAUGCAGUCAGCAAUACAUCGCACCAAAUCCGGACAAUGCACGAAUUGUUCGUGGGCAACCGGCAGUUCCGCAUAGUUGGCCGUGGCAGGUCGGUCUGAUGACAACCGCGUUCGGAACACCACUGAGACACUCUUGCGGAGGUUCCAUCAUUCAUCCGCGGUAUAUUCUUACCGCCGCCCACUGCGUUUCGCACGGAACCAAGGAGAGCCACGUUGUCCGAGUCGGAGCACACCAAGUGGAAUCCGUCGGACUGGAAGCGUCACAGGUCGACCACACCGUGGAAAGCAUCCACAUCCAUCCUGGUUGGGAUGAGACAACUAUACGCAAUGAUAUUGCGGUACUGAAACUCUCCAAACCGAUCCGGAUGACCAAACGCGUCCAGCCGAUCUGCUUAGCCGAUGAUGAUGAGCAGCUGUUUCAGGGAGACACUUGCGUCGUCACCGGUUGGGGUGUCAACAUCCCUUUCGACCAUGAUCCCAACGGUCCGACUCUGGAGCCCCGAACUGCCAGUCUCCGAGAAGCCGAUGUGUACAAGCUGGACAUGGAGCAAUGCCAGGAACAAAUCAAUAUGACUUUAGGAGAUGAUCAAAUGUGCGCGUAUCAUCCGGAAGGAAAAGACACCUGCAGCAGUGAUUCCGGAGGACCAUUGAUUUCCAAGAAGAAAGGCGUUUACAAACUCUACGGUGUGACCUCCUUUGGAUAUCAGUGCGGAAAGCCAUUCCAACCAGCCGUGUAUGCCAACGUGCCGUAUUUUUACAAAUGGAUACUGGACAUUAUGGCUGAACAGUCUUUUACCGCUUCGUUAAGCCCAGAAGCACCACUGCCAUGAAGAAAAAGAAGUAUUACGGUUCCCACAACGAAAUGUUAACAACGAACAUAUUUUUAAAAGAAUGCAUUAUGAAGUACAUAUUCUGCUACGUACAUGUACGUAUAUAAGGGGCGAAAGUAAACGCGUUCCACCGUUCCCCUGUACUGCUGCC